GCCACCUCGUGGCAGUAAAUAAUCGGCUAAAGUAUGUAAAACACGCAAGGGAGGCGGUGUGCCGUACUUAAGCCUUAACAAAACAAAAAGGAAAAGUCGCCCAAAAGAAGGAACCUGCGAUUUUCCCGUUGUAAUAAACGCCGGAGGUUCUACAAUAAGAUAAGAUAAUCGUGACCGUACUAAAUCCCAGCCUUGACUAAUACUUAGCAGUUACACUUUACCUCGUUUGACUGACCCCAACACUCAACCGACUGUUACAAGUUUUGCAGAUCAGAUUCAGAUGGCGGAAGGAGGAAAUCCGUCGAGGUAUGUGAAGUUGACAAAAGAUCAAGCGCCUCUUGAGGACAUUAAGCCUGGCGAGCUUAAUCAACCUAUUGAUGUCCCUCAGUUAGCUGUUCGGAAGUGCCAUGAGUGUGGACAACCGUUGCCUGAGAGUUUUGAGCCUCCUGCAGACGAGCCAUGGACAACUGGGAUUUUUGGAUGUGCAAAGGACAAAGAUAGUUGCUGGAGAGGGCUUUUCUGUCCUUGUGUCUUGUUUGGGCGUAAUGUUGAGAGCCUAAGAGAUGAUGAUACUCCUUGGUCUACUCCUUGCAUUUGUCAUGCCAUUUUCAUUGAGGGUGGCAUUGCUGUUGCAGCUGCAACAGCAGCAUUUCACGGUAUUGAUCCAAGGACAUCAUUCCUCAUUUGUGAAGGUUUAUUAUUUAGUUGGUGGAUGUGUGGCAUAUACACUGGUCUGGUUCGGCAGUCACUGCAGAAGAAGUAUCAUCUCAAGAAUUCGCCCUGCGACCCCUGCGUGGUGCAUUGCUGCCUGCACUGGUGUGCCUUGUGCCAGGAGCAUCGGGAGAUGAAGAGUCGUCUGUCAGAUAAUGCUGCCAUGCAAAUGACAAUAGUCAACCCUCCACCUGUUCAGGAGAUGAAUGCUGCUGGCGACAACCGAGAAUCUGGACCUUCCUCUGCAAAUGGGGGCGAACAAACUAACCUUGAGAUGCAAGCUCUAUGAAAGUCAUUCGCCGUGCUGUAAAAUUGCUAAAUCAGGUAUGGUUCAAACAGGGCGUGUUUUUUGCUACAGGCACAGUCGGAUCUGGAGCUAUGUUUAUACAGUUCAAAAUGGAAAAAUCAAGUCUUUUUAUAAGGGUAUGGAUCAUCAUGCAUAUAAAAUUUUGUGGUGAAAUGUGUUGUUUUUCGGUGUUCAGGAAAGAAGUUAGUGGAAGGUGAGCUUUUAGACGCACAAAUUAGACCAUUAUAAUGUAUUUUAUUAUCUGCUGAAAAUGCUUAGGACAUCCUGCGCUAUUUUUCAGAAGUAGUUGAACUACAUUAUGUCAAAAGGUAUACUCAUAAUCAAAACUCUUUUGUUCUUUUUAGUUUUUAUCA